AAUGCUAGAAGAUGACCUUAAGCUAAGUAGUGAUGAAGAGGACAAUGAACAGCAGGCAGCCCAGAGAACGGCUCUCCACGCUCUGUCUGACAGCGCUGUAGUCCAGCAGGCCAACUGCAGAGCCUCGGUGCCUCCCAGCAAGGGCAGCGGCAGUGGCAGCAGCAGCAGCGGCAGCAGCUCGUCCAGCGACUCGGAGAGCAGCUCCGGAUCAGACUCGGAGACUGAGAGCAGUUCCAGCGAAAGCGAGGGCACUGCCCACUACUCCAGCCCCGAGGCCGAGCCUGCGUCCUCGAACAAGUGGCAGCUGGAUAAAUGGCUGAACAAAGUUAAUCCCCAUAAGCCGCCUAUUCUGAUCCAAAAUGAAAGCCACGGGCCUGAGAGCAAUCAGUACUACCCUCCCGGGAAAGACCAAGUGCAGAACUGCGGGAAGCUCCCCGACGGGUGCCAAACCGGCCUGAGAGAGAAGGACCUCAAGAGCACCUGCAAGGAGGAGCAGAGGCCUCGGACAGCGAACAAGGCCCCCGGGACUAAAGGCGUGAAGCAGAAGUCCCCGCCCGCGGCCGUGGCGGUGGCCGUGACUGCAGCCGCCCCGCCGCCCGUGGUCCCUGGCGCGCCACCUGAGAGCGCGCCGGCGCGAAGGUCUGCGGGCAAGAAGCCCCCCAGGCGCACGGAGAGGACCUCGGCUGGCGACGGUGCCAACUGCCACCGGCCCGAGGAGCCCGCGGACGUACUGGGGACGGGCACGGCCAUCCCCGCGGAGCCCACCAAAGCCAGGCCCUGCGGCAACAGCAGAACGAGCCACCGCAAGGAGCUGCGCGCCUCGGUCACCUGCGAGAAGCGCCGCACGCGCGGGCUGAGCAGGAUCGUUCCCAAGUCCAAGGAGUUCAUCGAGACCGAGUCUUCGUCUUCGUCUUCCUCCUCGGACUCGGACCUGGAGUCAGAGCAGGAGGUGUACCCUCUGGCCAAAGCGCAGGCCGUGGCCGCCGCUGCCUCCGCUGCCUCCGCGAGUGAACAGAGGCUCAAAGAGGCUGCCAGCAACAUCAGCGGCGGUGGGCCGCGCGCGCCCGUGGGCUCCAUCAACGCCAGGACCACCAGUGACAUCGCCAAGGAGCUGGAGGAGCAGUUCUACACACUGGUCCCCUUCGGCCGCAACGAGCUUCUCUCCCCCCUGAAGGACAGUGACGAGGUCAGGUCUCUGUGGGUCAAAAUUGACCUGACCCUCCUGUCCAGGAUCCCAGAACACCUGCCCCAGGAGCCGGUGGUCUUGAGUGCUCCUGCGGCCAAGGACGCUGAGAGCGCACCGCCCAGCCAUCCAGCUGACACACCCGUGGAAAAGGCUUUGCCAAAAUCCAAGAGGAAACGCAAGUGUGACAACGAAGACGACUACAGAGACGUCAAGAAGGCCCAGGGAGACAAGGACAGCUCUUCACGACUGACCGCCUCUGCCAGUAAUACUUUGUCUGCAAACCAUUGCAAUAUGAACGUCAACAGCUUGGCAAUACCCAUAAAUAAAAAUGAAAAAAUGCUCCGGUCGCCCAUCUCACCCCUCUCCGAUGCCUCGAAACACAAAUACUCCAAUGACGACUUGACAUCUUCCAGCAGAUCCAACGGCAAUGGCUUGUUCACUUCCGCCACCUCUAACAAGAAACAUAAGGCUGAGAACCAGUUGCAGUCCCAUGCCGGAGACCUCGCGAAGGCAGCUCACAACAAUUCGGAAAAUGUUCUCCACAAGUCACGGCCACAGACAGAGCCAUGGUCUCCAGGCUCCAACGGCCACCGGGACUGCAAGAGGCAGAGGCUUGUCUUCGAUGACAUGCCGCGCAGUGCAGAUUAUUUUAUGCAAGAAGCUAAACGGAUGAAGCAUAAAGCAGAUGCAAUGGUGGAAAAGUUUGGGAAGGCCUUGAACUACGCUGAAGCAGCCUUGUCAUUCAUUGAGUGUGGAAAUGCAAUGGAGCAGGGCCCAAUGGAAUCCAAAUCUCCUUAUACCAUGUAUUCAGAAACAGUGGAGCUCAUCAGGUAUGCUAUGAGACUAAAGACCCACUCUGGCCCCAAUGCCACACCAGAGGACAAGCAACUGGCCGCAUUAUGUUACCGAUGCCUGGCUCUCCUGUACUGGCGGAUGUUUCGACUCAAAAGGGAUCAUGCUGUAAAGUAUUCAAAAGCACUUAUCGACUAUUUCAAGAAUUCAUCUAAAGCUGCCCAAGCCCCAUCUCCAUGGGGGGCCAGUGGAAAGAGCACUGGAACCCCAUCCCCCAUGUCUCCCAACCCCUCCCCCACCAGCUCCGUGGGAUCUCAGGGGAGCCUUUCCAGUGCCAACACCCUGUCCCCUUCGACUAUCGUCAGCAUCCCACAGCGCAUCCACCAGAUGGCAGCCAAUCACGUCAGCAUCACCAACAGCAUCCUCCACAGCUAUGACUACUGGGAGAUGGCAGACAACCUGGCCAAGGAAAACAGAGAAUUCUUCAAUGACCUGGACCUGCUCAUGGGGCCUGUCACCCUGCACAGCAGCAUGGAGCACCUGGUCCAGUACUCCCAGCAGGGCCUGCACUGGCUGCGGAACAGCACCCACCUGUCGUAGGGACCUCACCCUUGAGCUGGAUUGUGCUCUCGUCUCCACGGAUGGCUCAAUGUUUCGGGACACUGUGCUACUGAAACCCCCAGCAUUUAUCAAACUGCGGUGACUAUUUCUCAGCAUCGAACAAUGGUCUUUUCCCAGGGCAUGUGUGUUUGUAUGUGUGGGUGUAGAAGAAGCUGCCUGUGUAUGUGUGUAAGAUACACAGCUCUUUAGAACACAUUUUCUUUGUCUGGUUUCUGUAAUCCCAGGCUAAACCAAGUGAUCAGAGCUUUCUGAUUAGGGAAAAUACGCUUACAUACAUACACACACAAAAUCAAUAUCUCUCUCUCUCUCUCUCUCUCUCUGACACACACACACACACACACACACACACACACACACACUUUUCUAUUUCAAAGCUCAACCAUGACUUCUCAGAACAUUCAACCAAAAUUUCAUGGGUUAGUUAACCAGGUGCAAUGCAGCACACCAAAAGCUUGACUGCCAGUUAGGAUGAGCCUAGUCCUUAUAUUAUUGAUUACUUUCAGUAUUAAUAUACUAUUCCCCAAUUAUUUUUUAACUAUGUAUAUUAAUGGGUAAUUGAAUAAUGACAAUAAGUCGGUUAUUUUUGUGCUGGACAUUUACUAGGUUGCAUGUUACCAAAUACCCUGCCUCUCAUCAAACACCCAACCCCUGCAUCCAACUUUAUUCUCAACUAAACGCGUUAUAAACAAAUGGAUCAACUCCCACAGGCCUUCCCUGCCCUGCUCCCCCAAAUAGUAUGAAAAUGGCGCUGAGACCUGGUAAGGACUCAGUGCCUUUGAACGUAAACCAACAUGAAAACAGCAGCAGCUGCAUCUUGGAGCUGAGUUAGGAAUUGAAAUCUUUUGCACGUGUAACAAGCCCGCCCAGCACAUGUGUUUGUUUCUUUUUCCUGCCACUGUGACAUAGUGGCUGUAGAGCCAUGUGGCAUUUGUCCACUGGUAUUUUUCAAGUCUUUUCUUUCCACAAUAGCUUUCUUACAAAUUUUCUUGGUCACGUUAGGACAUUACCUAGAAGCCCCCUUCGCUGGGACUGUAUCCGUUGCUUAUCUGUCUGAGAACUACUUGCUGUCAUGAUACUGUCCAGCCCUCUCACUCUUUGUACAGAAUGUGCCACUUUUAAUGCAUUUUGAACUGGGGUAGGGGUGGAGCAGGGGGCGGAAUAUUUCAGGCUUUGAUGAGCAAGCUGCUUACUGUCCAGGGGAAGUUAUUCCUGCAGUGGUCGCCAUGCUGUUUGGGUAUCAAUGACCAGAACAUUGCACUUAUAUAUCCCACUCGUCUGCUCUGUCUUGCCCUCAAUUCUUUUUUCUUUUUCUCUUUUUUUUAAGUUUACGUUUUAGUUUUUUGACAUCUUGUUUACAGUUUUUGUCUGAAACUUGUUUCUUUGAUAGUCUCUUGCCAUGCCCUAGAUGUAGUCUUCUUGUGAAUAUACUUGGAUAUAAAAAUAUUGGUUAAAAAGAAAAACUCCUGAAAAAAAAAAGAUAUCCCUUGUCACAUUUUAAAAACAAAAAUAAUGUCCUUGAGGCCUCUCAAUUGACAAAAUUGCACCAGGACACUCUGAGAAAAACAGGAGGAGCAAUCCAUUUUUCAAGGUGAUGGUGGCACAAAUCAUAUAUAACAGAUAUGGAUGUAUGCUUUCACUGGUGGUCUCAUUAACCAACCAUCAGUGGAAACCUAUAUCUUGUCGGCUCGCAAUGUUAACAUUUUUGUCAGGCACUUUUUGGUGGGAAAUAAGAUUGCUGUAAUUCCCUAGCUAAGCACUGAUUCAAAACUGUACAAACGAUUGAACCACUUUGGUGAUCUGAAAUUCAUUUAAAAUGAGCAGAUGAAAGGUUUAUGAAAUUUGCAUAUGGCUUUGGCCUUUAAGCAUCUUGAGCUAUUAACAGAAUUUCUAGUUAGCAUUUAUCCAACUAAGGUGCUUCUCACAUCCCUGCCACUAAUUGUUGUUCGCAGAAUUCACGAUCCCAUUUGAUGUUGGAAAUUGGAGUCGAACUUAAGAAAUUGUAAAUUGUUUUCUUGGAGGACUGAGGCUUAGUUCUGCUUACUCUUGCUGAAUUAUGAUGAAAUGUUCAAACUGUCACAUAAAGGGUUCCUCAGGGUCUGUCCUGCAUCCCCAGGGUGUAUUGCUGGCCUCCUCCAUCUUCAAAGCUGCGUGUCUUGUGUGGUAUCCAUGUGAUGGCCUCCAGCUGACACACAGGUGGCCUCUGGCUGACUGUGCCAGUGGCAUGUUAUCAGCUCCUUGGUGACCCAUGUUUCCCAACCAAACGCCACUGGUCAUUUCCGGGAUGGUCAGAGCAUGCAGUUCCUCUCACCAUCUUGUGUUUCUUCAGUAGAGAAUGUGGGCAGUGAUUUCUAUUUGCUUGGACGUAGAUGAUUUUGGUAAGGAACCAUCUUCUGAUCAUUGCUUGUUAAAGUCAUUCAUAACUGUUCCUUUUAUUUAUUUUUGUUCAAAGUAGAACUAUCUUGGAUUUCCUGAUUAUAAAAGCAAUACAUACUCAUUGUAAAAAUUCAGACAAUACAGAGCUAUAGAAAGUAGAAGGCAGUAAGCCCCACCCUCCAGAGACAACCACUGCUCACAGUUUUGUGUAUAUCCUUCUAGAGACUCUCCCAUUUCAAUAUAUAAUGUCUAGUAUCAUUUCUUUCUAUUUGAAAACAUAUUAUUUUUUCAGAAGUUCAACACAAGUUCAACUGACCUUACCUUUCCAUGACCUGAAUGAAUGCCAUGCUUUAUCACAAUGUUAGAGUUACCUUUCAAAGAAAAGUAACCCAAAUACAUUCCUGGUCAAAAUUUGGGAUUUGUUACUACUCUACACAGAUCAGACUUAUGUGCAGAAUUGUACCUGGAAAGAGAGGUUUGGUUAAAACAGUAAUGUCUGAAAACUUCAAAUUGCAAAUGGAAACACAGACCCACUAUCUAAAAGGGAACAUACUGGAAAAGUAACCUGAAGAGUUGACAUUGUGUACUAGAUUGAACACAUGGAACGCAAUGCAAUGAGACUUUCUGCACUCAAACUUAUCCUCGUAUGUAAAACAAUGAUGUGUGUAUUAUAUAACAGUGAUGUGUACAUUUCUGACAUCCCAUGCAUAAUAUACACAGUUUGUAUAAAUGCAUACAUUUAAAAAUAUAUAUGUACAAUACAGCUACCAUAAAACUGUAGGACGCCUGAAGGCUAUUACUAGUGCCUAAUAUUAAGUAUAAGUCACUGCGUGUUCGCAUCACGUUGGAAGUGCAGUAAUUGUUAUAAAAUUAAUCAGUGCAGCCAACAUUAUUUAUGAAUCACAUCUUUGAAACUGUGCAGUAGUAUAUACAUAUAUAUUUUUAAAUAACAUUUUUCACAGUUUUCCAGAGUUACUGUUGAAAUCUGUAUCACCAAAAAAAGAAAAAAAAAAAGCUAGAUUUUUUUAAUGAUGUAGACACUCUUCAGACCCAGUAAUCUGUGUGUGAUUUCCUGUUUGUAGAUACCCAAGAGACUUUAGCAGUCACCAGCCUUAAUGCAUGUACAGGAUAUUAUUGUGACUUAAUUUAUCUGCAGUUCUUAAUCCAUGUGAAAUUGGAAUUUAUAAACUGACUUGGAUUAAACAUGUCUGCCUUCCUAAGGUUGCAAAUGUUACAUUAAAUGAUCUAUGUUGUAAAUGAGAGAAAUUGAGUUGUACGUAAAAAAACAUCCACCAUUCUCUGUGAAUUUUUCACAAGGAACCUUCAGAAUCAAAAUAUGUUUUGAGUAAGUAUUCUGGUCCCCAGUUCAUAAUCUCUUUAGAGUGACCUUGUUGUUUCAUGAAUUUUUUUAAUGUAGCUCCCACAGAUUAUCAUUACUAAGUCUGCUAUUUUUCAUGGGAAGAAAGAGUAUGUUUUUGUUCAUUAUAAUUAUACUUUUUACUAGUCGUAUUUCCCAUUUCCCAGCCCAUAUACACACAUGCACAUGCGUGCGUGAGAAUACACCCAAUGUCCCAGCAAACACUGAGUAGGAGGCUUGAGGAGUUCACAUUGAUGACCGCAUUGAUGCCUGUCCAACCAGUGGCCCUGGGACACUGUUCCACUCGACAUUCCUUAAUGACACAAGUUAAUACCCUGACUUGUGUAUGCCGGGUUUUUCCAAUUCAAACUAACAUGGUGGAAUAGUUGCAAUAUUUGGUGGAUGAAAAUAAGAAUUUUGAACUAAUAGAACCAAAUACUAGACCAGUGGCUUGCCAUGGUACAGCCCCCUGGUGGGAGGGUUUUCUGUUAACUUUAUUUUCAACCUUCUCUCUGUACUUUUUCAUUCCCCUCCUCCCCAAACUAAACUAAACUAAAGAGGCAGAAUGAGCAACAAAAACAAACCGAUUACUUCACUUUACCCAGCCUAUAUCCUUAGAUUCAGAUACACCUUGUCAUGAAGCAGAACUAUAGAUCUGCGACACCAUGGAGACUGCCUCACUCCAAAGAUGGUCAGGACCGGGACUUGGCUCUGCUUACUCCAGGGACCACCAACUUGAUACUCUUUCCCAGAUGAUUGGGCAAAGAGACGCCCAGCAGUCUUUCAAGAACUGUCUUUCUCUUAUGCAGUUUUGCCUAUUACCCUGCUGAAGUCUGUUCUUAUCAGAAUCAUAUUUUUUAAGAAGUAAUACAUUUUUUAUGAAACCUGGAUCAACUGGAGUCUUGAAAGACUUUUUUUUUUUAAUGAAAGGAAAAAACAACACGAACUGCAUUUCCAACAAUUUGGAGCCAGAGUUUAUUUCCUCGUUUUCACGUUCCCAGAAGAGCACAGUCUUUCACUAAUAGUACAACUUCCUGACAAACAGCACAAGAAACAUUUAGACUUGAGAUUUGUGUUCUCUUUGUCCCAACUGAAUGAUUCUGUAUUUGUCAUCAGCGGGGUGAAUUUGUUUGCUUGGCAUGAGGAAAAUUAUAAAACUCUGUUCUCAAAUGAAUGACAUCUGAUCACGGUUGUUUUGGUUUUUAUUGUUUAAUUGACACACUGGGACAGCAGUGGGUAAAUUUUGGGUCGGCUGCAAAACGAUUUAGAUUCACAGCUCUUACAGUAAUGGGAAUCAGGGAAAUAAAUCCCUGUGCGUCUCUCUGAAAAUCCUCCUCUUACAGCCAAUUUUAAACACAUUGCUCUGAGGGACGAAGUCAAGGCACUAAUCCCAAGUCCACACAAGGAUCGGCAUGUGUCUUUAAGCAUCACGAAGCGAUGGGGAGGCCUGACAAGCUGAAUCAAGGACUUGUUUGCCACUUGUUUCUAACCUAGGAAAAGCUCAUCAGAGACUCUUUCUAUCCAAAUAUGAUGUAAACUUAAAUAAAACCAAUGUUUAGGAUUUUCAAACA